GGCCAUAGACGAGGGGAAAGGGCACUCAGUCACCCGCUAACCGUCGAAGGAGAAGGAUGUGCGCGCCUCUCUCCGCGGGUCAUUUCUAAAGUAACUGAAGUAAAUUCUAAGUGCGUGUCCUUAAGUUGUAAGUGGAGGGCGUAAGUGACUUUAAGUGAAUAUGGAGAGACUACUACUAUCUCAGAGGCGCGUGAUCUCUACUAUUCAACAGAAGAGAUGGCACAGCGGUCACAAAUCAGUCCGCGGCAGGGUCCUCGCCAUCAGAAGGGAAGAUCAGAGCGUCUGGGAACGGCGCGCGCCCUUAGGCCCCGCGCAGGUUAAGCAGCUUGUUCGGGAGGGGGUUAAAGUCCUGGUUCAGCCGUCCAACCGAAGAGCCUACCCAAUGCAGGCCUAUCAAAAUGUCGGAGCUCGGAUACAGGAAGACUUGAGCGAUGCUGGAGUCAUUAUCGGCGUCAAGCAAGUUCCUAUUGAUCAGCUGUUCCCAAAUAAGACCUAUUGCUUCUUCUCGCAUACUAUCAAGGGUCAGGAAGCCAACAUGCCCCUGCUGGACGCCAUCUUGGAAAAGAACAUUCGCCUUAUUGACUACGAGAGAAUGUGUGACGCCCAAGGACAGCGAGUAGUCGCGUUCGGAAAGUAUGCGGGAGUUGCUGGGAUGAUCAACAUUCUCAACGGAUUGGGCCUGAGACUCCUCGCUUUGGGCCACCAUACUCCGUUCAUGCACAUCGGCCCCGCGCACAACUACCGCAACACAGAGAUGGCGCGCCAGUCCAUACGCGACGCGGGCUACGAGGUCAGCUUGGGGAUGAUGCCUAAGUCCAUCGGGCCGCUGACCUUUGUGUUCACGGGGUCCGGCAAUGUGUCCCAGGGCGCGCAGGAGAUCAUGCAGGAGUUGCCCCAUGAGUACGUGUCCGUGAAGGCGCUCCGGAAGGUGGCAGAACACGGAGACUUGAAGAAAGUAUAUGUCUGCGAGGUUAGCCGGCGCGACCAUCUGGUUCGUAAAGAUGGCGGGGGUUAUGACGCCAGAGAGUACGAGGAGGAGCCGGAAAAAUACAUCUCCGUCUUCGCUCACAAGAUCGCUCCCUACGCCUCUGUCAUCAUCAACGGGAUCUACUGGGCCGUCAAUUCCCCGAAGCUCCUGACGAUCCCUGAUGCCAAGUACCUCCUGCAGCCUGUCUACACACCAUGGCUGCCAACCUCCCUUGGUUCCCCCUCCCUGCCCCACCGCAUGCUGGCUAUCUGCGACAUCUCCGCGGACCCCGGCGGCUCCAUCGAGUUCAUGUCGGAGUGCACCACCAUCGACACGCCCUUCUGCCUCUACGACGCCGACCAGAACAAGGAUACGAACAGCUUCAAGGGGCCUGGUGUACUGGUCUGCUCCAUCGACAACAUGCCUACACAGCUCCCGCGCGAGGCCACAGACUUCUUUGGGUCCUUGUUGCUCCCCCAUAUGUACGAUAUCCUGCAGAGUGAAGCCACCGCCCCCUUCGACCCCCAGGGAUACACCAGGGAGGUUGCCGGGGUGAGUGGAGGAGGAGGAAUUAACCCAAACAACCCUCUCAUCACGGAACUUCGUCAACAGAGCAGGAAGGCGCCUCACCGUGCAGCCGCGGCGGUGGCACACUGCAGCCAACGCGUCCUCGUGCUGGGCGCCGGCUACGUGGCGGGGCCGGUCAUCGAGUACCUGUCACGCGACCCGGACACCUCCAUCGUUCUGGCCUCCGAGUACAAGGCCGAGGCAGACAAGCUUGCCCAGACUCACAAGAACGUCGAGCCGGUUCUUCUUGACAUCGUGGAGCGGGAAGAUUUACUGGAUGACUUGAUUAACGACGCGGACGUGGUGGUGUCCCUCCUCCCCUACGUCCUGCACCCCAAAGUGGCCGCCGCCUGCAUCAAAGCCAAGACACACUUGGUUACUGCUAGCUACUGCUCCCCUGCUAUGCGCGAGCUACAUCAACAAGCAGAGGAUGCAGGAGUGACCAUCGUGAACGAGGUUGGACUUGACCCCGGCAUCGACCACAUGUUGGCUAUGCAGUGCUUCGAUGAGAUCACACAAGGUGGUGGAAAAGUGGAGAAAUUCGUGUCCUUCUGCGGUGGACUACCCGCUCCGGAGUGGUCUGGGAAUCCACUGAGAUACAAAUUCAGCUGGAGUCCGCGCGGAGUUCUGCUUAAUACCCUGUCUCCUGCUCGCUACCUAGAGGACGGAGAGAUCGUGGAAAUCGCUCCAGGGGGGAACCUUCUGGAAAACACCCGGCCAUAUCACAGUCUCCCUGGGUUCAACUUGGAAGGGUUCGCUAACAGAGACUCUACGCUCUACAAGGAACUCUACAACAUCAAUGACGCUAGUACAGUCAUCAGAGGGACCUUACGCUACAGAGGGUACAGUGACCUGGUCCUGGGCAUGGUCAAAUUGGGUCUCCUGAACACGGAAGCCCAUCCAAUGUUGCAUCCCCAUGGCCCAGAUGUGACAUGGAAACAGUUCAUCUGCUCCCUCAUCCAUCAACUGGACUCAAGCAUCUUCGAGGACAACUUCAAGCAGCUGGUCGCCGAGGCUGUAGGGGUCGAGGUCAUGAAGGGUCUUGAUCAACUGGGGCUCUUAAGUGACCAUCUCAUUAGGAAGGUCGAGACUCCCCUGGACACUGUGUCUAUGUAUCUCGCCCAUCGCCUACGCUUUGAAUCCGGAGAGAGUGACCUCGUUGUCCUGCGCCACGAGGUCACGGCAUUGUGGCCGGACGGGAAACAGGAGGUCAAGGGAAUCACGCUUGUUGAAUAUGGAGACCCAGAAGGGUUCUCCGCAAUGGCGCGAACCGUGGGGCUACCGGCGGCCAUGUGUGUCCGUAUGUUGCUGGGAGGUGAGCUUCAGACCCGCGGAUGUGUGUUGCCCCUGAGGAAGGACAUCUAUUCCACCUUACUGACGCGGCUACAGGCGGAGGGGAUCAACGCUCACACGACCUCAACCUUCCUCUAAAUACUUUCCCUCUUUUCUCCACUUUCCCUCCACUUCUCCUCCACCUCCUUGCAUCCACUUAUAGGUCCAUCUUUCCUCUUGCUAUCCACGCUAUCCACAUCCUUCUAGCCUUAUCCAUUCUCCUGUUAUGUCCACUUUUAGCUAGGUUUAUGUGUGUGUGGUAGCGAAGUUAGAAAUUUUGUCUCCACUUUAGAUCCACUUUUCUCCACUUUUCCUUCAUCGUUCCUCCACCUCCUUGCAUCCACUUAUAGGUCCAUCCUUCCUCUUUCAAUCCACGCUAUCCACAUCCUUCUAUCCUUAUCCACUCUCCUGUUAUAUCCACUUUUAUCAAGGUAUGUGGCUCUCUCCACCUCCCUCCGUUAGCCAAGUCAGAAAUUUUGCCUCUACUUUAGAUCCACUUUUCUCC